GUCACAACGUGUGUUGUGGUGCCGGGGAUUUCACUUGAAUUAAAAUAGUUGAAUAAAUGACGAUCUAGGAUUCACAAUAAAAGAUUCUUUGUAAAAACACAACUCUGGAACUUUAUUUAAAUAUAAAACUGACGUCACCCAACACUAGCAGACACAGAGCACGCGAGUCAGAAAAUCAAUGAAACAGAACGACAUUGAGUCUACUCAGUGCACUUAGGCUUAUUUACUUGAACAGAACUUAGGGCCGACUUAGAGCAUGAACCAAUGGCGUGAAAGAACCGCUGGUAUUGCAAAACCUGACGAUAUUUCACUGUAAACUUGGAUAUUUCAAUAAACUUUUUUUUCUACCGAGUACAGAAUGCACUAGUAUGUAGUGAACCACUAAGGCUGUAUUUCCUUUAUAAGGAUACAAAAGAAUCCAUUGAAAAUGGCUAUAAUUAGCUCGGAUGUAAAGGGCCGAUACAGAAAGUGAGGAUGGUAUAUCGGCCUACGUAUUCUUGAUGUCUGCCAAUGAAAGACGCUACAUGCAUGAAACUGUUCCUUUGACCGAAACGAUGGUUCUUCUUGGCGGUCAAACGAUAUUAUACUUUUUGUCCUGUGGUCUUGCAGCUGUGGGGCUUGUGUUGAUCAUCAUCGGCGUAGCCACUCCAGAGUGGACCGCCAUAGAAGUGGAAUACAUAGAUAAGAAAAUACUGAGGAACUCUAAAGGACUGUGGAGAAUCUGUAUAGAUGAUGUUUGUGCGGACAUUGUUAAAAAUAAAGCAGUUAGCCUUGAAGUUUGUGAAGCGUUUGGUCUACUCGCUGUACUGUCUGGCGCUUCAUGUCUUGGCCUCUUGUUGACUCACUUGAUCCUGCAGAGUUUCAGAAAACCCAGCAAGAAAUUUCUUCUGACUUUAGCAACGCUGGGCGGUAUCUUGUCAGCUGUGUUCGUCACCAUAACAGCCAGUGUCUGGGGCGCCCUGCACCAUGUAGGUGGACGAAACCUAUAUGUUGGUUACUCAUUAAUACUAACAGUUAUUGGUGGAAUAUUGUUACCCAUCUCUGGGGUACUUGGCUGCCUAACAUCUCGGAAUAACCGCUUCUAAUACAUUUGCCGACGAACUGUUUACCGCUGUUUAGUGUAGGACUUUAUAACUUGAUGUGCAAUUUUGUGUUUUCUUGGGUUUCAAGAUUCAAAUAUUUGUAUUUAUUUAGUAUUAUUUAAAUUUGAAGAAAAUCUAUACGGAGAGCUGCCUAAGUUGGCAAGUACUGUCAGUUCAUCUUAUUUUGAAGUGCGGUAUGAAGAACGCAAAAGAAGAACAUGAACUUGAAGAAGUAAUUUAAUAUUUCAAGACAAGUCAUUGACUGAAUGAAUCGAAUUUAUUUGACGACAAAAGAAACGGGAACAAUACAAAUAUUUAAAAAUAUUUGUUCUUAUUCUGCCUACUGUUCAUAAAAUGAUAUUUGUAAGCAAUUUUUUGUUAAGAAAUCAAUUUGUAUGUAAUGCCAGUAUCUUUAUUUUCGUAUUAUUUUAUAAAAUAAAAUGAUAAGAUUUAUUCA